AUGAAUGGGCCGCGCCCCUCGACUCGCGUGUUCCUCUCUGAUCUCUCAUCUCUACAGGCGGACUCGAAGAUCCGCUUCCUUGGCUGCAAGAUAGCUCCGCCUUCUGUUUCUGUCGACAUUAAUGCCCUCCUUGAGGACCUGACCGCUGAAGAACUUCGCGUUGGAACAUGGCUGAAUGUCGUGGGCUAUGUCAGAGAAUCGGAGCCGGUGCUGCCACCAUCUUCAUUCUCUUCGACUCCCGAUGACGCGAAUCGGCCGAGUCAGAGGCCUUCUACGGUCACCCCUCGUCCAGUGUAUAUUGAGGCGAUCAUGGUCUUUCUGGCGGGAGCUAUUGCCAUUGGGGAGUAUGAGCGAAUCCUUUGCAAUUCUCAGCAUGUCGAGCGGAUGAUACAGUUCACUCACUGA